GACUUUUCAAAAUGGCGGACGCAAUUUAGAAAUUAUUGUUUGAUUUUUGUGAAGGAUUUGUCAAUUUACUAAACCUAAACAAUGACAGACAUACUAAAUGCCUUGAAGACACAGGAUUUUCCUAAGUGUACACAGAUUGCUUUGUGCCACAUAGAAACCCUACUGGCCUCAUGUAGAAGUAUACCAGGUCUGGGAGACCCACAGAAUGAACUCGCACAUAGAAUCACGCAGGAAUAUGUGUUUUGUCAGCAUGUGUCAAGGAAAGGUGGACUUUUCAAGAAACUCACUGCAAUCCAAGAAAUUCAACUUUGCGAAUUGCUCCUCCAACAUUUUGGGAAGCAGCAAGACCCGAGUAAAUUGCAAGCUUUAUUUAACCAGCUAUUUGACAUGAAACAGGAGCCAUAUCGACUGGAUAUUCUGUGUAAGAUGGUAUCUAUGGCGAUUGGUUUGAAAUCUGCCCCUGUGUUGAAUGCAACAGGUGCUUGGCUACAGAUCCAAGGCCCCAGUAAACCAACAUCUGCAGUCCUUGUUGGAGCGCUCGUCUUAGAUUACUGUCAACUGAUACCUGAUGUUGUCGCAUCUCUUCACGCCAUUAUCCAAAUUUCUCCUCGUUUCACACACAGCUUCCUAAUGGCAGCCUCUAUGCUGUAUGAUCUGAAAGAUAAUAAAGAAAAUAAUAGGAUACCCCCCGAUAGUCUUGUUGAAGUGAUAACUGAUUGGUUGGCUUCAGAGCCAUCUAUCUGCUACCCAGGGAAACACAGUACACCACGACAAGCCCCAAGCCGUCCAUCAGGACUAUGGAAUCCUGGGAUUGAUGUAGAACCUGAUUUGGGGCCAGAAUCUCCAAUACCUGGAUUUGUGAAUUGGUGUGUCAGAGCACCUCUUAUAUACAACCAAGAUUAUUUGAAGCUGCAUCCUGGUUCAUCUAUAGAGACAUUAAAGAAAACAACCAUACUUUACUCGAAGUUACAUUUAGCUUUAUUACACACGAUUCAUUUGUAUGGCAAACAAAAAGCUCCUCCAUCGGGGGAGUUACUAAGGAACACCCAUAUGCUGCAAAUAGCCUCAAAUCUUGGAGUGUUAAUUGGAAAGAAUAAAGACAUGGAAGUAGAUCUUGUAGAUGUCACUUUAGACAGACUUGCUCAAAUAUAUCAAGUUGCCAUGGCAACUGGUGCGAUGAAAUAUUCAAAGGAUGAUAUCACUAAGAUUGUACAUAUGUUACCUAGCAAUAAGUUGUUUGAGGCAAUGGCUGAGUUCACAGUUGGUCACUAAGACAAGUAGCGUAAUCUCAGACUCAUCAACCACCAACCCAAUGUCUGGGAACAAGCUAUGGAUAGUCUCUUAUUAUGAGCCAUAAGCAUGGAAUCUUUUUGACAACUUGUAUAUUCAAUUUGACAAGAAAGACAGAAAAGAAGCCAGGGAAAUAAAUCUUGAACAUACAUGUACUGAUGUAGUUAUUUUUUCAUGUAUAACAUUAUCUUAGAAAAUCAAAUUUUCUAUGCACAGGAAUUCAGAUAACUCUGUGUAUGAGUAAGAUAUAUGUGGGAUUAUUUUGUGGAAAAUUCAUUUCUCUGAGAUAAGUUUUUUCCAGCUAACUUUGGGACAUAAAAAUCUCAUACCUUAGUAAAACCCUGGGAGUAAAAGGCUUGUUUAAGAGCAGGCCUGUAGCCAUGGAGG